AUUUUGGUAAAUAAUUAUAACCCAAAAAGAAAUUUAUUGAAUAAUGCAAUUCUUAUGUACUCAUUUUUUAAACCAAUGCAAAAUUGUAGAAACAUUUACCACCUUGAUAGCUGAUUGGUAGAGUGUAUGCUUUAACCCUUAACCUGCUAUAUUUCUAUAAUGGACUGGUCCAUCAUUCAAUUUGGACAGUACCACUUAUUACUCAAAGGGGUUUUCACUGAAAAUUUACUGACUGCACGGAUGUGCAGGCUGAUCUUGGUCUGCACUGGUCGCAAAGGCAGAAUCAUCUGCCGCCAGCAGGCUAAGGGUUAAGUGUGGGAGAACCUGGGUUCUGCGUCAUACCAAAGAUAUGAAAAAUGAUACAUGUGGCUCCCUGGCUUGAUGCUCCACAUUGAAAGGGAAACUGGCCUCUUCUCUUGUACCCUCAUGAUGAUGGAAUCUGUCAUGGAAAGGUGUCAAGAGUGAUUAAUAUGAGUUGUGGAACUUGUUUCACAAUAGAACUAAAAUGAAAUGGUGUAAACUUAUAUAUUGAAGAAACAUCAUUUGAGCUUGGUUUUGUCUGGUACUGGUUAUGCUGAGUUAAUGUGCAAGGUUAUGCAACUUUGAGUGGAUAUUUUAGUAAUAGUUUUUGCAUGUACUUAAUAUUAGUAUCAAGUGGUAAAAAUAUGAUUUCUUGGAACUCAUAAUGAGAAAAAUUCUGAUUGUUGCUGUUUAUAAUUGCCUAAAAGGUUAAACUAACAAUUUUUGUAACUUGAAUUCUUUGUGAAAGAAAAAUGUCUUUUGUUUUCAUUUCUUGCAUACUAGCAGCUCCAACACAUUUUGACUGAACUUUAUGAAUUUGAAAAUAUACAUUCAUUUGAAGUUUUUUUUGACAUAUUUUAGGAACAAAAUGUUAAACUGACAUUUUCAACAACUAUUUACUUUGUAUAGUUUGUAUUUAUGAUUUCCGUGACUUUGCUAAAUUUUCCCACAAAUUUCAUAUAAACAAAACAAUUAUAAUAUUGCAAAGUUUUAAGUGAUUUUAUGUGGGCAUGUUUUUCUUUUCUUUGUGAAAAUGGAAAAUAAUUGUGUAUAUAUAUAAAGCUACAGAAUCUGAUGUAAGUGUUUUUUUCCUGUUCUUUACUAAAGUUAUAAUGAAAUUGAUUAAAACUUGAUUUUAGUUUUUGUUGUUAUUGUUGUUGUUGCAUACACAGCAGAAGGGUCUGACUGACUGACUGUCUGUCUGUCUGUCUGUCUGUCUUGUAGGCUGUGCGGUAGCAUUUUGGAUUUUUUUGGAAAGUUUAUAAAUAAGGUGAAUUGUCAAACUGCAUGUAAAGUUGAUGGAGAAGGAUUGAACCUUGCGGGACACCAAGUGGAACAAGAAACAUCUGAAACAUGCAAAUGUGAUAGAUCAGGUGGCGGGAAUCAUUAAAAUGGCUUUCUUUACGAAACAUUAAGACGGAACAAGGAAUUGCAAUAGAGCUCGUUUUUGGUGCUAGUUUUGCAGUUUCUUCAAAAUCUCCAAGAGUAGACAUUUUCAUCAUUCAAGAUGUUUUGUAGCUGACCUCUUUAAAGGAAAAGUAUAUCCCAUUUUCAGCAUUUUAAGACACUAAAAAGAUAUUGAAGGAAAAAUAUUUGGUAAUGAUUGUUUGAAAAAAGAGACCAAAAUUAAACUCUGAAAAAAAUGGCUCUUACUAGCGGGAGAAAACUUUGUAAACUUGAUGCUAUUUGUGCAAAAUUGAAGCAAAUUAGUAGCAAGGAACAAACAAAACAAGAUGAAGAGAAAGCUGUAAUUAAUGAUAGAAAUAAUGUGGCAAGAAACAGAGAAGACAUAGUUGAAGAAUUGCCUACAGAUCUGUCUGUGAAAUGCGCUAAUAAUAACAUAAUUGGAAAGGCUGAUUUGAACACAUUAGAUGGUGAUAAUGUAGACAGCAAUGGGCUUGAUUUGAGCAAAAGAGUAAAGAUUGAUCCACCUACUGAAAAUAAUCAUGAAAAUGGAGUUAAAACAGUAAUUGUGAAAAAGGAUUAUGAAACAGAUGUUGCUAAUGAUGCUGAAGAUAGGAGUAGUGAUAGAUGCUUUAAAUCUGCUAUCGCUGAUAAUAGUAAAGGAAAACCAGUCAUGGGAUCAGGACGAAGAAAAAGAGCUAUUCCAAGAAGUAUUUCACAAGUAAGAGACUUUUAUGAUAAUGUUGACAGUAAAGAUGAGUUAGCAGAAUAUGAAAUAAAUAAUCAGAAUACCAACUUUCCACCAGAAGAUGCAUAUGAAAGUGAAAGAGACACAAGUGGGUCUGGUCGUGAAUCACUUUCUCAUUCCAAUGACUUUGGUAAUGAGGAAAGUAAUUUGUCACUUUCGAAUAAUUCUAAAUCUUUGGGCCAUUCCGGUGAAUCUUUGAAGUUGAGAUAUUCUUCUGACUUUGACAGCAGCAAUAAUAUAUUAACCCCUCUUGAUCUCAGUAUUAGUCGCAGUAAAGAUGAUGAUGACUCCAUAAAUGGGUAUUUGUCGAGUGAUGAAGAUGAUAAUGUUGAUGCAGAUGAUGACGAUGAAGAUGACUUUUUCCACCCUGAUAGAAAUCUAGUCAUUGAUGAGAGUAAACCGACAAGUCAAACUUCUGAGCAUUCAUUAUCGAAUGCAACCAGUGCAAGUCAAAGGUAUAUCGGCAGCGAGCAAGCAGCCCACCUUAAAGAUUAUGCAGAAAGCACAAUGAAUGAAUUGAUCUCCAUGUAUGGUUUUGGUGGUGUAGCUGGUCAUCAUAAUGAUAUCGCAAAACAAGUGCCAAUGAAGAACUUCAAAACCAUUCUCCAGCAUUCGCCUCAGGACCAAACAUCACCAGGCUCCACAAGAUCAUCAGUAUUGACCAGUUUUAGUAAUCAGCCAAUGAGCAGUGGAGAUGAGGAGUCACAUGAUGGUUCUACACCAAUGAAAGGCAUCUAUGCAAACUACGUAAACUCCACGUUGGGUGCUUCCAGCAAAGUUCAAGGUGGUGUGAAGACUCAAAAUGACAGAUUUACAACAAGUUCUUCUUUCAUUAAUGCCGUCUAUAACAACAGUCCCGGACAGACUACCCCAGGACAGCUUUCUCCUGGUCUGCCCAAUUACUCCAAAUAUCUUAAAAGGUAUAACAAUGGAACAGAGUGUGGAGGUCAGCACUGUAAUGAUCUCGGAUACAGGGAACACUAUCACUGUAUUGACUGUAGCUUCCAGGUGUUCGUCAAGAAGGAGGAGAUGGUGCGGCAUUACAAAUGGCACAGGAAACGAGAGGAGUCCCUCCAGCACGGCUUUCUCAGGUUCAGUCCCCUAGACAACUGCACCAAGAGGUUCGGAAACUGUACGCAUAAUGGAAAACAGACACACUAUCACUGUCUACAGAAUGGAUGUGACAAAGUGUAUAUCAGUACAUCAGAUGUACAGAUGCAUGCCAACUACCAUCGUAAAGACUCAGCCAUAAUGUCAGAGGGUUUCCAAAGAUUUCGUGCAACAGAGGAUUGUGGAACAAUGUCUUGUAGCUUCUAUGGACAGAGAACGACACAUUUUCACUGUCUGCGGCCAGAUUGUAAAUUCACUUUCAAAAACAAAGCAGAUAUGGAGAAACAUAAGAGCUAUCAUCAGAAAGACGAAGUUUUGGGACGUGACGGCUUUAAGAAAUUCAUGAAGUACGAGCACUGUAUGUUCCAGAGAUGUCGCUAUUCCAAAGUCAGCAAUCAUAUACACUGCAUUAGAUCAGGCUGUGACUAUGUAUUACACUCCACUGCUCAGCUGUAUUCACACAAGCGUAAACAUGAGAGACGCGACUUCGAGAAUGCGUAUAAGAAGUACAGGGACAACCAUCAACCGUCGCCACAGACAGCGAACAAACUGAUCCUUCCUCGUACAGACUUCGGAACUAUUCAGCAGUUAGCGACCCUAAGUGGCAGCCCGGUUAUCCAGACACUUACCUCUGUAGCCAAUAUGCCGUCGGGACUGAAACGUCAGAUAGAUUGGGACCAUCAGGAACCAAUGGAGUUGACUAAAAAACCAAAGCUAGAACCUGGGUCAGAUGUAGAUGUCUCGGCUCCAUCGACACCAAGUGCAAGAUCAACACCUGUGGAGAAAAUAUCAAUUAAAAUGGAAACAGAUGACCAAUCAAUGGAUGACGAGUCUCUACACAGUGUGACUGACUCGCCUGAUGUGUCACCUGAUAUUAAGUCACAAUUAAGUCAGAUUUACAAAGAUGGAAAAAGUCUCAGUUUGAGUGGAUCACUAACGCUGCCAAUUCCAAUGUUUUCUGGGAAGAAAGAACCAAACAGUGCAGAAUUGCCAGUCCCAUCAGCUAGUGUUAAUAUACCACUGAAGCCAGCCAGUAAUCUUGGGAAAGGGGAGUCAAUGUUUUCAGCAAGUAGUAGUCUUGGAAGUGCUAUGCCAAGUACGCUUGGUGGUUCAUUAGUCACGAUGAACCCAGGGGCUUUAUUGACAGUUCCAACAACAUUCCAUGGGCCCUCUACUGUACUUCAACCCCCUAAAUCAGUGUAUACAGAGAGAAGAGAAAAAGAUGACUCGUGGAAGACAUAUCUCGUCAGGUACACGGCCAAUGACCCGUGUAACCCUCGGUGCCAGUAUCUCUACAAGGACCAUUACCACUGUAAGAUGGAUGGCUGUCUAGUCUUGUUUAAAUCUAAGGAUGGUGUGCGGGAACAUGCUAGAUUUCACGAAUUACAAGACAGGAUUACUCCAAUUGCUUACCAGACAUACGAGGAUGAUGAAGAGUGUCCGGACAGAUGUCAAUAUAGUGAAAAGGAGAAACAUUAUCACUGUAUCUGGACUGGAUGUAACCAUGUUGUUCCAUAUGUUGGACCCACAUUUGGUAGACUAGAACACUAUCGUAUACAUGAGUAUGCCAGGGCUGCUGCAGGAAAAUCGUACAAUCGUGGCAGCAAAAGUAUACCAAGCAUAGAGGACAAUAGUAUGAGACGAAGGGGCAGACCACCAAAGUAUCCAAAAAUAGAACUUCCGAAAAUACCAAAAGUUGAACUAACUGAUGAAGAAAUUCGACAGUCCCAUGUACAAGCUAGUGAUUUAAACGUCACCAGUCAAACAAAAGUUAUAAAUGGAUUCCGCAUAUUUUCUCCAGAUGAUCCCUGCCCGGACGAACGCUGUAAUUUCAUCGGGAAACUUCACUAUCACUGUGCCCGACCGAGGUGUUUUACAAUCACAGAUAGAAUUGAUGUCCUGAAUCUUCAUGCAAAGGACUUUCACAGUUUUGUUAAGAUUCUGGAAGGCUACGAAUUCUUUGACCGAAACGUAAGCUGUCGAAGAAUUCACUGCCAAAACAAUCAGACAAAUCGUCACUUUCACUGCACGAGACAAAAAUGUGAUUAUUCAUUCAUCAGACAUAGCACAAUGGCUCAGCAUGAGAAGAAACAUCAAUAUUCAGGUGGAAGUUCCACUACUUCAGUUACUCAGUUUUCACCAAAAGAAGUUCCAAUAUCGCCUAAAACUUUCAGAGAUGUUCCAUUAUCACCAUUAUUACCUAACACCAAUCUUUCACCUGUACUAAGUCAAAAGGCUCCUCAAGGUGGAACGGCAACUUCAGUCAUUACGUCUGCUGCAGCUUUCCUUCAAGUGAAGCAGACGCAAAACACAGGUAUACCAGUCUUCAUAUCUCAAGCAGGAAACAUAACCAGUCUGUCUCAGGGACCAGUCAUUGUGUCACAACAAGCAAUUCAAAACCUUUCUCUCAGUGGAACUCAGGUAGCACUUAAACAAACACCGGCCAAUGUUGCAACAGUCCCAGUACCAAUCAGUACAGUUCAAGCUUUACCGGCAUCCGUUACAUCGUCUCAGCUUGUAACAGGGUUACCUGCCCCUCUUGUCACAGUAGGUGGCGCUCCGAUAGCAAUAAGUCCUAUAGAUAGCACAAACAACAGUAACCCAAGUGUACCACUUACAGUACUCCUACAACGAGGUGUCAAUCAAAUUCCACAACCAAGUUGGAAUGAACUGAGAACCAAAAUGCAUUAUGCCAUUUCACAGAAUUGUGGCCGUCCUUUUUGUAAACUGAAAAAGAAAGAUCAUUAUCAUUGUUUUGAUUGUAAUCAAGCGUUCUCUGACCCUGCACGAUUACGCUCCCACAUCGGAAAACAUGGCGUGAAGAUCCCGCGUGCUGACCAAGGAAGUUCUGUUAUCAAACAUGCAAGCCAGGUCACUUCUCCCCAACAACAGAAGAUAGAGAACCAUAUAGAAAAUCAGGAAGAUAGUUUAGAUCCUGAUGAAGCUCAGUGUCUCGCUGAGGGCAGAGACAUGGUUGAUAGCAACAGCGAUGUUGAAGACCCAAAAUCAUCAUCGCUCAAUCUAAACCCUUCUACUUUCUCAGAAAUGAUCUCAAAAGCACAAGAGCAAAAUAAAAUUUCUACAGAUGCUGAAAGUGAUGGUGACGAUGGUGAUAAUGCUUUACAUAUAGACACUAGUGCUGAAUUAGAUUAUAGUGGUAACCAGUCUGAUAGUAAUGAACAAAAAGGUGACGUUUCGAUCCGAUCAGGAAGGAAAAUAUUUAAGACUAAGAAAGAUGAUUUUAUGAAUAGCGGAGAUAUCAACUUAAGCAAACAACGACAAUUGUCCGCACCAAAAAGCAAUUCAAAGCAGAUGUCUUUGAAAAGUCCGACCACUGGUGGAAAUAAGAUAAUUGGAACUGGUACACGAGGAUUGAGAGAUGAUUCUAUUCCGGAUGGUUAUUCACGUUGGCGCUACAAUGAAGAAUGUAAAUAUCCUAAAUGUGCUUAUCGUCACAGUGUCACUCAUUUUCACUGUGUGCGUGAUGAUUGCGGCUAUGGUUUCAGUGAUCGUUCACGACUUGUGCAACAUACUCUACGUCAUGAACGUAUCGACAGUAUAACUGGUGGCGAACUCCAACAGUACAGAAUAAAUCAAGACUGCGGAGCCAUAGAAUGUGAAUAUAAUAAAAAAAUGUCCCACUUUCAUUGUAAACGAUGCUCAUACGUGUGCACCGACUCCAGUAAGGUAUUGACACAUAGAAAAUAUCACGCUAAAAUGGAUAAUAUUUCUAAUCAGGGUUUCGAGAAACAUACAGCUGCAGAUGACUGCGGUGUUAGCCUCUGUCCUUAUGCAAGGAAACAGAAUCAUUUUCAUUGUUUAAUUGAAUCUUGUCGUGCCGCAGCUCUCGGGCCGGUUCAGAUGACCUCCCAUAAAGCGAAACACACAAGUAGAGAUAAUCUAUAGUUUGUAGGUUUUAUUGUAGUAAAAAUACUGAUUUUUAGUGGCUUUCCCAAGUGUUCCCGUUAUUUUCCUCUAAGCUAGAAAUUUUCAGAUACUUUUAAAUGGAAAGGUGCCUUAAAGUUUGUAACAGUAUAUUUUUUCAUUUCUUAAUACCAGUUUUUGGUACAACUAAUGUAAAGGGCCUGUAUGUGAUCAGUGUAGGAUAUAUUUUGUAAAUAUGAAAAUAUUUAUAAACUUGGAAAUCAGUGAAGAUUGUCAUAUGAAAUGAUAUUUAAUUUCAGUCGAUAAGACUUACCUUUUAAAUACAUUCCCAACAUUCCGCCUGACAUUCCAUUUUUAAAUUAAAUGAUCUCUGUUUAAUGAAUUUAUUUUUACAAUUUCCUAGUUUGUUAAGAAUUAGAAAUUAGAUGUUAAACACUAACUGUUGAAGAAUGCUAUGAUUGCAGAUAUUUACGGUAAAGUAUGUGUUAAUUGUCUGGAAAUUUAGAAAGGAAAAAAAAAUCCUUCCAAGCAUGAACAUUUUUUUUCCAAGUUGUUAUCCCAGAAUAUGAUUAAACUGAAAUACAUAUACUUAGAGUAUUAAUAUAUUAAACUGACUCAGUAGAGCUGUAUGUAAAUGUGUACUUGUUAUUGUUUUUAGAUAAGUUUUGUUCUGUUGAAAUUCAGCCAUUUUCAAGAUAAUAAAGUAGUUUUGUUGAUUAUAUACGUUACUAUAAAUAGUAACAAAAUGCCCUUGAAAACGGUCAUUUCAGUCACUGUAGACAGAAUUGCACUGGCGGAGUGUGCCUAACACGCCGUAAUCAUGAAAGCCCCGAGGACAGUGGAACUUUGGUGCAUUUUCUGAUAGAUUCUCAGAUAAUGACAUUGUUAAUGAAAAAAAAUAAUACAAUAUUUUCGUAUUAUAAGUCAGUUGGAACAUUAUCAAAAUGUUAGACCAAAUAAAAAAAAAAAAAAUGAUAAUAUUCUGGAACAUUCCAUUGUAUUCUUCACUCCAUCUAAACAUUACACUAUUGUAUGAUAUAAUAUUUUGUUUCUGAUAUUAUUGGACCACAUAUAUUUUUGUGAUAAGAUAUUUUAAACUGCUGCACAAGAUCAUUCCACCAAAUAAUUUUUUUAGAAGUUUUUUUUUUUUUUUCACACCGAAAAUCACUGCUGAUUUUUUAUUGUAUAUAUUACACAUGUUUAUUUAUAUAUAUUACAUGUCCUCACAUUUUGCAUAUUAUUUUGCUAAUUUCCAUUUUUUUCUAAUAAAGCUAAAGAGCCUUGUUGAAAUUUAUAAUUUAAACAAAACUAAUAAUUCGUCUGUUGACCGCCAGAACAUGCUAUCAGCAUGUGAAAUAAGAAGGCUGAUAGCACCUUCUGGCGGUCAACAGAUGUAGUAUUUUUAUUUUUUUGUGCUAUCUAUUUUUCAAGCCUUUGUGAUAAUUAAUUUUUAUGUGCUUAAAAAAAAUAUGUACUUUUUUUCUUGUAAAAUAAACAUGUUUUUAAGUUAUUUUCUUUUUUCUUAUUUACAACAGAACUGUUUAACAGUUUUAAAUUUUAUGUAGUUUUUUUUUCUUUUUUCACAAAUUCAUUUGAUAGUUUCACAUUGCAGUAAGAUAGCUGUUUAUAUUGGAGGGAAAAUUGUUGAUUUCUUGGAUCACUACUGCUGGUAAAUCACAUAACAUAUUUCAUAGGAAACAUUAAUUAGAUUGAAGUGUGUAAUUCUAUGUACACAAUAAAGUAUUCAUAUAAAUCAGCCGUGUUGAAUUGCAGUUUAGCGUUUUGAAACAUGAAUUUUUAGUCAACACCAAUAUUAUUAGAAAACAUGUAAUAUGUCUCUUAACCUUUACCCUGCCAAAUUUCUAAAAUGGACUGUUCCAUCAUUCAGUUUGGACAAGACCAUUUAUUAUUCGAAGGGUUGUUCACUGAAAAUUUACUGGCUGAAUAGCGAACAGUGCAGAUCAUGAUCAGACUGCAUGGAUGUGCAGGCUGAUCAUGAUCUACACUGGUUGCAAAGGCAGAAUCAGUCGUGACCAGCAUGGUAUGGGUUAAUGAGAUUUCUAAAACUGAAAAUGAUCUUUUCUUGUCUCCAGUUGAAGUCAAAUACAUGUACAUAGAACACUUGAAAUUGUAACAGUAUACUUAAUUCUUUUUGUAAAUGUAAUCUAUGCAUAUUUUUGUACAAAUAUAGAAAUAGAUUGCCUUUAAAAGGAAGCCUCAUACGAUACAUUCCAAUAUAGUGCAUGUACAUAUCUUGUAUAUUUAUAUCAAUUGUAUUUUAUGCAGUAACUUUUAACAGAGAAUGUAUAGUUAUUUAUUUUAAACUGUUUAUAUUUUAGUUUUUGUGAAGAGCAUGAAAGCUGUCCCUAUAUACUUAAUUUGAAAUACAGUAAUUCAAAGGAGCAUAAAAGCUGUCGCUAUGGAAUUAACUCAAAAUAAAGUAAUUCAAAGGAGCAUGAAAGCUGCCCCUAUAGACUUAAUUCAAAAUACAGUAAUUCAAAGGAGUGUAAAACUGCUGUUGAGAAUAACUAAAUUUACUGCUCAGGGAACUUAAAAAGAAUUUUGUUAAUAUUUUCAUAUCUUAGGAGGCAGUAAGUUGUCAAAGCUCUUAGAAAACAGUUAAAAACCACACACAAGUCUGUGACCAUGUACCUGAAAUAUAAAUAUUGCAAUGUUAACAUGACUAUAUUUGUCUUAUUACAAACCAUCAUCAGUAAAUACCUAACAGAUGUCUGUCCGAUGACUGCAACUUAAAAUUAGCUUAACGAAGAUAUGUAUUCCCAUCUGCAAGUCACUGUGUCAUAUCUUAGGAUCAAAACUACUCAACUAAUCUUUCCACUAAAACUUGAAUUCUAGCAGCUUUUAUUUUUUUUAAAGUACAAAAAUGCAUUUAAAUCUAUAAAAGGCCUCUUAAUUUUAUACUUCAUCCUGGUAGAUUCGACACUAAGAGGUUAGUGUCGUUUGCUGCCUCUUUUAUACUGUGUCCUGAAUGGCAGAAUGGACCAUUUUGAAAAAUUGGGCAUAGAAGCCUCUGCAGAGAACUGAUAGUAAUUUUGUAAAAUGUUAGUUUUUUAAGUUGAGUUUGUGUUGUUUGUAGCUUUUGCAAGGUUAAACAAUGGUUCUAUUCACUUGCAUUUUGGCUGUCUUAAAAAUUAAAAAUUUAUUUCCCAAUUUCUUUUAACCAGUUUAUGUGGAAUAUGGUGAAGUCAGGUAUGCUAGACUAAGUGUAUAUAUGUUACGUUUCUUUGUGAGUUCAGAAUUAAACAUUAUCAUUUCAUCUUGCAGUCAGAAAAUUGGAACAUUACUUACGUCAUUUACAUAAAUAAGUUUACAAUUAACAGAGAAAUGUGAUAGAAGGCGUUCAUGUCUCAGACCACUAGUCAUAAUAUAAAGUUGUUUUACUCAGGCAUCAUGUAUUACGUAAUUGGUUAAAAAUCUAUUUAUUUUCACCUUAUAUUUGAUAUUUGUUGUAACUUGUGUAUUUUUUCAUUCAGUCUGCUAUAUUUAUUCUUGAAUUUUAUACAGAUUUUGUAUGAUUGUAAUGUAUUUUGUGUGCUUGUUUCUGUCAAAUGCGUGAAAACAAAAAUUGUAUAACACAACGUUAAUUUGAAUGGGAAAAAAUAUUUAUGUUAGUUGUAUGGAAAUAAAGGUUAAUUUGCAUGAAAAAAAAGGAAAAAUGUAUGGAAAAUGUUACUUUGUAUGGACAAAAGGAAAAUUGUAUGGAAAAAUGUUGAUUUAUGUGGGGAAAAAAAGGUUAAUUUGUACUGAGAAAAAUGUUAAUGUACCGGUAAUACAACAUAUUUUUAACACUAAAAUUUAUUUAAGAUAUGGCUCUUUCUGGUGAUUUUAUAUAGAAUAUUUAACAUUGUUCAGUAUUCUUUAACAUGUAGAGGAAGUGUGUUGAUUUUAUGUAUGUAGAUUGAAAUGAAAUCAUGGUAGAAACUGUAUAUUGACCAUGUUUUAUACACAUUUAUAUGAAGGUCACAGAUUUCCAGGUGAGGAAUGAUGUGUAUGUGAUAUAGUGCUAACUAGUCCUAUCAUAUUUAUACAUGUAAUAUAUACAUGUUAGCUGACAUAGUAAAAACCACUGUCUAGUUGGAUUUUUUUUGUUGAGAUUUUGGUUAAAAUGUUAAGAUAAAAUCUGUUCUGAAGAAAUUUGUAUUCAUUGAGGUAUCUCUAAAAUCUGCAAGAUGGUGUUUUUACUGUGAUAAUGCAGAAAAUUGUUAAGAUUUGUGUAAAAUGCACAAUUCUAAUUUUAUGUGUAUUGUCAUGUUUCUUUGAUCAAUAGGUUAAAAUAAAGAAAAGUCAGAGAGCAGUUCUUCAGAUUUUUCCCAAAUGUUUGCCAGUCAUAGAUAUUAAUUACUCCGUUUUUUUUCCCGCUUACAAGCCAAUAGUUAAAGUAAAGGGGAGUCUUUCUGAUGAGUAUUUUGGCACAGUUAUUUUUUAGUAUUAUUAGACAAUAUCUUCUCCAAAUGCAAUUUCGGCUUUCCGUUCUGUUACGAAAAAGUCAUGAGCUUGUAUGAGCCGGUUUAAGAUUCAGUUAAAGCCCAAAAAAGUAUCGGACAGAAGUUGCUGGUCGCCAUUACAAGUCCACUAACGUAACAUUUAACAGUAAAAAUUAAUUGAGACAUGUCACCAUGUUACAUAUUCACACUCUCCCAUAAGUAAAGCCAACAAAGUAACCAGGAUAAAAUCCUACAUAAUAGAUAAGCUGCUGAAAAAACUAAAACUGUUGUUGUACAUGUGUUAAUUUUACAUACACAUAUGCCGUCCUGAUUCAUUUCAACGAAGUCAUAAAUGUGCCUAAGUCAUUUUAUUGUCACAUAUAUUUUUGAAGUGUCAUUUGCACAAUGUCAUAAUUAUAAUGUAUCAAUGUUGUUUGGAAUUUGCAUAAUUAUUAGUGAACUAGUUAUAUAUAAGAUAAGAGUGAAAUUCAGAGUGACAGCUAAGGCAAAGGUUGUUGUUUAUGAUACAUUGUAUAUUUAUCUUGGGAAUGAACUGUUUGAUGCUUGGUAUCAUCUUAAAGCUUGAAAACAGUCAGACACAAUGAUAAUACGAAAUGUGUUAAAUUUCAUACACAUUAAUGACAAUUUUGUAAUUUCAAAAAAAAACAAAAAAAAAAAAAAAACGGGUAUUUCGUAGGGGCUUGGAUUUUAAAUUUCAAAGAUAUAAAAUGUGAAAUUUGUCAAAUGUGUUUUAUUUUCAAGGAUUCACAAACCUCAAAACCUACAAAAUGUAAUCCUCAACGAAAAAUAAUUCUGCAGUAUAUUGAUUUUUGAUGAAAGAUAACUUUUGCCAUGAUUGUCAUUUUGAAUAAGGCGGCAACAGCCUUUCACUGGUCUAAAAUACAACAAAUUCAUACUGUGUUUUUUCCUAGAGUCGAAGAGUUUAUUUAUAUGCCAGUAAAAUAUGCUGAUUUUGAAAUAAACAGAUUCCAGAAAAAAAAAA